AUGAUUUUAGCCGAAAUUCCAGACCCAUUAAUUGAUCCAGAAUUAUUUGAUGUUGUCACUAAACACAUGAUCCAUGGGCCAUGCGGUGCUUUUAACAUCACGUCACCAUGCAUGGAAAAUGGAAAAUGUAAGAAAAAUUUCCCAAAGCCGCAUACGAAUGACACUAUCAUGGAUAUUGAUGGUUAUCCUAUAUAUCGCCGCAGAAAUACUGAGAAUGGUGGCCACACAUUUACAAUGCGACUGCCGAAUUAUCCAAAUCAAGCAGAAUUUGAUAAUCAGUGGGUGGUACCAUAUUCACCAUUACUUUCAAAAACUUAUAAAGCUCAUAUCAACGUUGAGCUUUGCAGUUCUGUAAAAUCAAUUAAGUACAUUUGUAAAUAUGUAAACAAAGGCAGUGAUUUGACCAUAUUUGAAGUACAAAAUAUAAAUAAAAAUGACGAAAUAGCACGAUACCAAAUGGGUAGAUACAUUAGCAGCAACGAAGCUAUUUGGCAUAUUCUCAGCUUUCCCAUACACGAAAGAGAUCCUUCUGUCCAGCAUCUAGCAGUACAUCUUGAAAACGGUCAACGUGUAUACUUCACUGAAGAAGAUCUUCUCCAAAGAACGUUCGAGGCCCCAAAAACGACACUAACUGAAUUUUUUACAUUGUGUCAAAGAUUUGAUAUUUUUGGCCGAUUCGCAAAGACAUUGCUAUAUGGUGAUGUUCCGCGUUAUUUCAAAUGA